CGAUGCUGUGUUGUUCCCCGCUCAUGACUGUGUUGAUGGAUGAUCGUUAUGGGCGUGGAGCUUCGGAAGAGCGAGGAUGAGCUUGUUACCAAGCGCGUCACACGCCCGUCACCCACCCGCCCAGUACAGAGCCUCAUGCAGUCCAAUCACACGAGAUUCGCUUUCUGCCUGACCGUGGCGGCAUUUUCCGUUGGCGCCAAUAAUUGGUGGCGUAAACGACUGGACCAAACCACCACAUCACGAUGUUCAUGCCACAGCUCUCUACAAGGCGUCAACGAGGCAGACCGCUGCGCCCACCGUGGCGAUAACGCCCAGAGGCAAGGGGCAAAGGAAGCGGAGGCAUCCUCCUGUGUCCUAGAUCGUCCUGGUUCCUUCCUACAUCAUUGCCCAGUACUGGCACUGCGUCACCUUUUUUUCCUCAACGCUAUACCCUCACCUUCUGUCCAAAACCGAGUGUCAUGGAUGCAUCAAUUCGUACGUUCGAGGUCGUGCCAAACCAUCGCUUCAAUAUCAACGCAACGGACGAGGAGAUUCGGCGACGACCUACACUAUAUUAUGAUGGCGCGGACAUUGUAUGGAUGAUGGUAUGCAGUGCAUUGGUGCUCCUCAUGGUACCUGGGAUUAGCCUGCACUACAGCGGCACUUCAAAGAAAGCCAACAUCAACAUGACAUGGAUGCCCAUCAUAACCACAAGUAUUGUCGGUCUCGUAUGGUUCCUUUGGGGAUAUGCCAUCGCCUUCUCCCCAUCUGGCUCCGGUUUCUGGGGUGGAUCGAGCGGUGCAGCACUCCAUGAAGUGCUUACCAGGCCAGUGGGAAAUGCCCAGGGUCCCCAGAUUCCGGAGCUUGUUUACGCUCUAUUCCAGGGCAUGUUCGCAUGUUUCACUGCCUCUAUACUUAGUGGAGCUACGAUAUACAAGGAAAGAACAUUGAAGUGGGCACUAUUUGUGGUCCUCUGGGUUACCCUAGUUUAUUGCCCGAUCGCCCACUCUUCAUGGAGCCCUGACGGUUGGGCUAACAAGGCCGGCGCGCUCGACUUUGCAGGCGGCACGCCAGUGCACAUUACAGCUGGAACGUCCGCGCUUGCGUAUGCGCUCUUCUUCCGCCUCCAACUCCACCGUUAUAAUCGACGAGCACGGGCACAAGGCAGCACCGAGAGACCUGUGCUGAACUGGAUCCAGAAGGAAGACAAGGAGCAUGUCCCUACGGUAGUCAUAGGUACAGUCCUGCUAUGGCUCGGCUGGUUCGGCUUCAACGGCGGUAGCGCAAUGGGCGCUAAUAUGCGGGCAGUGUCUGCCAUCUUCAGCACACAACUAGCUGCCUGCGCAGGUGGUGUCUCGGCGUCUCUGCUCGACAAUCUGUACAACCGCGCUAAGCUGUUCGAGAUCGAGGAGGAACGCGAACAGAAGGGACAGCCGUCUUUGACCGAGAGCGAACGCGACGUGUAUCGACAGAGAUUCUUCAAAAGGAUGGUACUGUCGUUCUGCAAUGGGGUGGUAGCGGGCCUGGUGGCCGUCACUCCCGCUGCUGGCUAUAUCUCCCCAUACCUCGCACCCAUCUUUGGUGUUUUCGGUUCCAUCUGCUCGUCGUACGCUAUACGUCUCAGCAAACACCUAUUUGACUCACUCGACAUCUUCGCGAUCCACACCGUCGGGGGCUUCGUUGGAAUGAUCCUUACAGCUUUUUUCGCCGAUGCGGGAGUCGUGGCUCUUGACGGGUAUAGUGCAAUCGAUGGAGGCUUCAUUAAUCAUCACUGGGUGCAACUAGGAAUCCAGCUUGUCGACGCCGUCGCCGCCAUGGCAUACUCGUUCUGCAUCACGUUCCUCAUCUUAUGUUUGAUGCAUUUCAGGUCAUGGUUUAGGAAGAGCUUGGCGGAGCCUAUACUUGUGCUUGACUGAUUCGGGCUGGUCAUAUCUAUCACGGAAAGUUGGACUGCGUCGCUUUGCAAGUCACUCUCAGCUUCUUCCAUGGUUCUUCUUGAAAUGAGACACCACAGUACCAGUCCCUUUGCGCGAAACCCGGGGAAACGCGCGUAGUGCUGGUUAAGCGAAGCCCCACGCGAUAAUACGCCACAUUGGGACGGAUGUGGUAGGGAAAGGCGACAGUCUUCAGCUGAGCCUCAAAAAGGCACG